AUGGCAUCCGCAGGAGAUGCCCGACUUCUCAAGUCGACCAAGUUUCCUCCCGAGUUCAGCCAAAAGGUUGACAUGCAAAAGGUCAACCUGCAGGUCAUAAAAAAAUGGAUUGCCAACAGAAUAUCAGAGAUCCUGGGCAAUGAAGACGACGUCGUAAUUGAGCUGUGCUUCAAUCUGAUUGACGGACCUAGAUAUCCCGACAUCAAAUCGCUACAAAUACAACUUACCGGAUUUCUAGACAAGGAUACCGGCCCGUUCUGCAAGGAGCUCUGGAAGCUGCUGUUGAGCGCACAAGGCAACCCUCAAGGCGUGCCCAAAGAGCUACUGGAAGCCAAGAAGCUUGAGCUUAUGCAGGAAAAAGUUCGUACCUCGUCAACCUUUGGAGGAACAACUCCGCUUGGUCCCUUGUUCUGA